UCACCGAUCGUCGCGAAGUUCGGUUAUGUUUUUUCCGCGAGUUAUAUUAUGUACGUUAAGAAAAAUAAGGGGUGAAAAAAUGCCACGUUAGAACAAUGUGGACCAUGAAAUAAUGGGUAAUUUAGCAACAGUGGGUGUUGUUCUUAUACCCUGCAUUGUGGAUUACGUUUGGGGCAAGGAGGCAAUACAAGGAUGCAUCAAAGGAGAAGCUGGUUGCGAUACGUGUCGAGGUGAUUUUUGCUUACGAUGUAAGUUUCUUUUUCAUGAGGGUUCUUGUGUUGACUCGUGUCCACCAGGUCACACUGAAGUUUGGUCCACACGAGAAGAUUACAUGGGUAAAGUCUGCAAGGAAACAAUAAGAAAAUUUAUAUUUGGCCUCUCAGGAAGUGAAAUAGCAAUUCUUGUUGGUGUUGCCUCCGGUGCCACAAUAUGCAUCUUUAUUAUUCUCUGUGGAGUUAUUGUUGUACAUCGAAGAAAGAAAAAAGCAGCCAAAAUGAUUCAGCAUUUUGAAGACAGUGCUGAGAGAAGAGAAUUUUUAAAGCAUCUUGCAACCCUCAGAGGAGAGGGAAAUACAUUCCUCUCUAUGCUCAACGACACCCGAAGACAAGUCAGAGAGUUGCACUACUCGGGAAAUAAUGGGGAUGGAGCUGUUGGUAUUCAAGCUUACAGGCCCGUUCUCCGUGAUCUUGCCAGAAUUCUAGUAUUGAUAAAUAGGAGAGACGAUGAAAUACCAAGACCCCCAGAUGACUGGCAAAGACUGCUCUCCUGGGCUGAACGACUUCUUCGAAGAUAUAAACGACACACAUCACCACAAGUUGCGCAACUGGUGACAUUUCUCCAGCAGCCAGCAACAUCCGUCCAAAUAGGAACAAAUCCACAACAAAUAUCGAUAUCGCAAACAUUUCAAAAUUAUGAACCACGAGCAACACCAACGAAUCUCACAACGUUUCAAGCGAAUGCACCACUCACGACAUUCCAAGCCAGUGAUAAAUCAAGCAUUAGUCCAGCAAGUUCAAGUAUUGGUUAUACAAAAGACAACAGUCCUGUGGGUUCAAGUCUUGGUCAAAAUAGCUCGAGUAUUUAUAAUGAGAAACUCAGUCCUAAUGGAUCCACUAUUGGACAAUCAACGCCUUUGGUGUCAACAAAGGAUAAACGUGUGAAACAAGUGGGUUCACAUCAUCAUCAUCAUUUACAAGAACUCGCCAUUUCACCAUUCAAUCAUCACACUUACAGUCCCGACAGUAAUUUAGCUCAUAAUAAACAUUUAGUUGGUAAUAAUAAACAAUUAGGUGAACUCGAUCAUGAAUUAAAUCCACAGUGGGAGUUUGAGAGUACAAUAGAAGCUGCCAAUUUCACCAUUUUAUCAGAAUGGGCACCUGGUCGUGAUUAUCUUGAUGAUUUCACGAUUUUAGGAUUUCGACCACAAGACGAAAUUACCACGGAAUUGUAAUAGUAGUCGUUGAUUUUUUUUUUUUUUUGCUGUAUUAUAAUAAUGCAUUCAUUUUCAUUUUCGAAAAUGAGACGAAAAAUUAAUUCAAAAACUUUUUUUUUCUAUGAUUUUGUUCGUGCUGAAAAUACUGCCUGAUUGCAUAAUAAUUAAUGCAAAAUAUUUCAGUUUUGCUCAGGCCUUAAAAAAAUUGAAUUUAUGCAAAUUCAUUUAUUUUAUAAAUUAUAUAGAAUUAAAAAUUAAUUUUUAAUUUGCUUAGAUAAGCAGACAAUAUUUCAGUUUUUUUUUUUCUUUAAAUAUUAUUUUUUGUUAAAUUAUUUUGAAAAAUUAAUUUUUUUCUUAUUUUUUUAUAAUAAAAAAUUUUUCAAAUCUAUUUUUUUUUUUUUUUUUGGUAAUGACAAAAUUAUUAUUUGCUGUUUAAUGUUUGUGGAUUAAAACAUUAGAUAGCAUUUAGAAAAUGAACGAAUUUUUUUUUGCAUUUAAAAAGCCUUACAAAGAAACCAAUUGUGAGUCACUAAAAAAUUCUUAUAAAUAGUAUCUACAUAUAGCAUAUCUUUCAUUGUAGAAGAAUAGAACGAGAUUAUAAGAACACCAAAUAAGAAUGAAUUUUUGUAUAAUAUAUAUAUUUGAUUAUUUAUAUAAACUUGUCAAAAUAGAGUCGCAAUAUAGCUGGCUUCUAUCUAUGUUCUCGUACAUAUGGCCACUUUGUACCUUUCAAACUAAUAAUUGUUAUGUCCCCUUCACUACAAUUUCAUUGUUUUCCUUUUACCUCUAUUGCUGCUCUCUUUUUCUACAUUGCAAAUAAAAAAAUCUUAUUUUAAGGGUAGAAAUAAAAAAAAAAAGUUAGUCAAACUUCAUAUUUUGUUAUUUUUAAAUAAAAAAACAAUGUACAGUAUUUUUAAAUUAAUUAAUAUAAUUGUUUUUUUAAAUUUAAAAACACUUAAAUGUAGAGUUGAACUAACUUUUCUUUUGACCCUAUUUUGCAAUUGAAAAAUAAUUCUUCAAAUCUAUUGGCUCCACGUUUUUUCAAUUCGAAAUUAUCAACUAAUUUUGAUUGGCUAUUAUUAACUAAACAGUUUAAUUUCUUUAGACAUAUUAAAGUCCCUUAUACAUAAAAAGAAAAAAAUUUGUUACACUUAAAAGAAGUAACAUUUUUAAUUUUAUACAUUUUUAUAUAUUUUUUUUAUUUUUUUUUUUGGUAUAAAAUGUUACUUUUUUGACACUCGCCGAGUUGCACAUUCAAACAGUAUUUUUUCUAUACUUAUUUUUUAUUAUGUGCAAUCAAAUAGAGAUACACUGAGAAAUACAAAAUCUUUCUACAAAAAAAUGCAAGAACGAUUUUAAAAUGAAAAGAAGAAAUAUAAAAAAAAAAGAUGUUGUAUCGCUUUUUCGAAAAAACUUUGACAUAAUAAUAUUGUAUUGUGUACACUAAAUUUGUACACACAUUUUUUGACCAAAUAGGUCGUUUGUACAUAUCGUUGUAAAUAGUGGUUAUAAUUUUUAAUAUAAAUUACAGCGACUGUCGAAAAUAAUAUAUAUGAUUAAAAUAAAAGAAAAGAAAAACAAA